AACACAGCAAAUUCCAAAGCCCUGCUCUCUCUCGCUGCUGUAGCUCUCUGCAUAUUCCUCCACAUAGCUCAUAUCCCUCCCACCACCUCUCUCACUCUCUCGCUCUCUCUCCUCCCAUCGCUUGCAUGUGUGCACCGUGCAGCUUUACACAGAGCACGAGGCAUACAGAUGUAAGUUUAAGCCAGGCAACGGCCAGAGGUGGCAAGGUUGCCCUUUUGCUAACAUGGAGUAGUAUUCAGCAGCCAGCUCAACUGUCAAGGCGGACCCCAGAAGGCGAGAUGAAAACCUCCUGGAACUGUGUUUUUGUGUUUUAUUCCCUCCAUCCUUUUGUGUGGAUCUAUAGCUUUCCACUCUCAAAGCUUGGCAGCAAGAAGUGUUAUCUCCACCACGGAGCUCCGCUUUAAAAGGAAAUUGCAAGACUAAAUCUGUCCGUCACCCUCUGAUUAAAAGAUAAGACGAGGGACGACACCCGGACCAAUCAAGGAAGAACUUGCAGAAGGAAAUUUACACAAGCUUUGAUAUUGUUUUUUGGGACUCGAAUUUAAAAGCUUGGUACUUGGCCUGCAUUAGCUCUUUGUACCUGAGGUCUGCAGUGAUUGCAUAUUUGAUUCUCACGCCAGCUGAGACGGAGAUGCUGUUUUGUAGUGCUUGGAUUUGGACUCUCCUUGAGAGGAUUUCGCUUUCACCUGAUCAGCGAUCCUUCACCGUUUGAAAUCCAUUCUGAUCUGCCUUUCCACCCUCUUUUAUUUUUUUCUACUGAACAUUGUUGAGCUUAGUCAUUUGGGCGACUGGGCAGUGAUUUAACGGGGGCACUCUGCGUGUGUGGCUGGAUUCCGACUGAUCCGUCUCUGCUCUUCAACCUUCCCGGGACUUUGUCUCAACUGACUGGACGUGCAGAGCGUUUAACUAUAUCGUCUUCUACUGGGACGUCCGCCCAGCAGCCACAAUGCAGGUGUCACUAGUGUGCACGGACCACCGCGGGGGGGUGAGCCGCACCACGGAGGACCGGCUAAACCGACAGAACGCCAACAGCCCCAACACCGGCACCCGCAGCAAGUUCAGGGCCGUGGCGAUGGUGGCUCGAAGUCUCGGACAACUCUCUGUGCAGAGUGUGCCGACCUCCAGCGAGCAGAGCAUGAGGACUGGCAUGAAGUAUAGAAACCUUGGGAAGUCAGGCCUGCGGGUGUCCUGCCUUGGAUUGGGAACAUGGGUGACGUUCGGUGGACAGAUAACAGACGAGAUGGCAGAGCAGCUCAUGACUCUGGCCUAUGAAAAUGGCAUAAAUCUGUUUGAUACAGCGGAAGUCUACGCUGCUGGAAAGGCGGAGGUGGUGCUGGGGAACAUCAUAAAGAAGAAAGGAUGGAGACGUUCAACUCUGGUGAUAACAACAAAGAUCUUCUGGGGUGGAAAAGCGGAGACUGAAAGAGGUUUAUCUCGAAAACACAUUAUAGAAGGUUUAAAAGCUUCUCUAGAAAGACUGCAGUUAGACUACGUGGAUGUGGUCUUUGCGAACAGACCAGACCCAAAUACGCCUAUGGAAGAAACGGUUCGAGCAAUGACCCAUGUGAUAAACCAAGGCAUGGCCAUGUACUGGGGAACAUCCCGCUGGAGCCCGAUGGAGAUAAUGGAAGCAUACUCGGUGGCGAGACAAUUCAACCAGAUUCCUCCCAUCUGCGAGCAGGCCGAGUACCACAUGUUCCAGCGAGAGAAGGUGGAGGUGCAGCUACCGGAGCUCUUCCAUAAGAUAGGUGUGGGGGCCAUGACGUGGUCCCCACUGGCCUGCGGUAUCAUCUCAGGAAAAUACGACGGCAGGGUGCCUCCCUACUCCCGGGCCUCUCUGAAGGGUUACCAGUGGUUGAAGGACAAGAUCUUGAGCGAGGAGGGCCGGCGUCAGCAGGCGAAGUUGAAAGAGCUGCAGGCGAUCGCGGAGCGGCUGGGCUGCACUCUGCCCCAACUCGCCAUCGCGUGGUGCCUACGGAACGAGGGGGUGAGCUCAGUCCUCUUAGGGGCGUCCAACACCGACCAGUUGAUGGAGAACAUAGGAGCGAUACAGGUUCUUCCAAAACUGUCAUCGUCCAUCACACACGAGGUGGACAGCAUCCUGGGGAACAAGCCGUACAGUAAAAAAGACUACCGCUCCUAACGCGCGGCAGGGCUGCGCCCGGCCUGCAGCCUGCGGCGCCCCCCCCCCCCCCCCUUCCCUUUGUCUGAUCCUCUGUUUGCUUGAGCUUUUACUGAGUGAGACCCUGGCGCAUGAGUCCGGCCACACCAGGGGCACCCAGGGCACCUCAUUUAGAGUUACAGGGGUAAGAUAAGGAUAGGGGUGGGGUGAGUGGGGGGGGAAGGGGGGGCGGGGGAAUACAGUCAACUCUGCAGAAAAGGAACAAAACAUGUAAGAGGUGAGGGAUAUGCGCUCAUACUUAAAAUAAGUUAUACAUUCAAUUCAGCUGAACGUAUUUUAAAACCAUAGAGAAAAUUAUCUUUAAAAAAAAAAAAUAAGCACAUGCUUGCUAGGCAGUCAGAUUUUCAUUAAUUUUUUGCCUUUUUUUCUAAAACUGAAUGCAACUAAAAGGAAGAUUAGGUUAUAUUGUACGACAAUAUGAACUACUCAUUCGCCACAGUCGUUCCUCGAUGUUCCGUUUACAAAACACUGUGUACUGUACGUCGAGGUUUCUCUGAAGGACCUAUUGUUUCAUGUUGUGGACGUUGCCGGUGUACGAGCCUCGUCGUAGGCGUCAACAAUCUGCACUUUAGUAUUGUCCGUGUGGUGUUGGUGGGUAGUUUGUGAGGGGGGGUGGGGGGGGGGCAGUCCGCAGGACGACGUGUCAUGGCAACUAGUCAGGAACAAAGAGAGGUGGCUAAUCUCUUCGAUGGGAGCUGCAGUCGCGUCAAAUCAAACGCAGUGUGGUACGUCACUGAGUGGCCCGACCUCUGACCCCCCCCCCCCCCCCCCCCCUUUAGACCCGAGGGUUCGCUGUGCAGGAAGUGAUCGUAUCAUGUGAACCUCUCCUUGAUCCCGUUUUAGAGUGUUUCUGCCUUAUUUACCGACUGGUCUCGUGUCCGCAGUGAAUACUGGGAGGAGCAUUGGUUGCGAGGAGGAGGAGUCUCCAGUUAAUCUGUUGGUAGCAGCGGCCGGUGGUUUUAGUGGUUUUUUGGCGUGCACGUGGUCAGGAGGUUGCAUUUCCUCAUCUGUCUUUCUUGUGUGUGUGUGUGUGUGUGUGUGGACACUGGGCAGGACCAGUGACAUUUUAGCGUGGCUUGAGCCAAAGAUCUUUGAAGACACACCCAAGUGUUUCACUCUCACCUCCUGCAAUAUUAUAGAAGUCAUCUUAGCGCAUGUGCUAUCCAGCUUGUUAUCUAUCUAUGAUAUGGACUUUAUUCCAUAUAUAUAUAUGUAUCUUUACACCGUCAUACUAGAUAACAAAAACGCCCUUCAUAUACAGAAUGCAUAAGUACAGCUACUUGCUUUAGGACCGGUAAGGUUUGUUUCAGGCGACAUACAACCUGAGACGUAUCAAAAUGACUGCAGAAUUUGACGCAGCCCGACAUCAUUCUUUCUCCUUUGGGCGGCGUCUUGCUGUGAUUUAAAGCACAAGUGGAUCGCAUGCGAUACAUCCUCUAAGCAUGGGCCCCUUUUUACCCAGACUAGUACCAAUGGGUUAGGUAAGAUGAUGCUACCCUGCUUACUAACAUGUGUAGGUCCUUAAAAUCUUUACUAACAGCUGAUCAAAUAUUGAUUCUUUACGGAAAAUAAACAUACAUUAAGAAACUGUCAUUAGUGCAAAUGGUGACAUGAGUGAGAUGUUAAAUCAAAGGGAACGUUACAGUGUGGAUGAGGUCUGCUUAACGGCAGCAGGUGAUUUUGUGUAUUGAUCCUGUUGUAAUAGUUGAUCCCUGUAUGAGUUGGAUUUGCUGUGUCGUCUUUUUUCCUCAGAAGAGAAAAAAGAUUUAGGUAAGUUAGUCUGUGGAUUUCUUGUCUUAUUGUUUUCAUCUGCAGGGAUUGGGGAGGUCGUCUGGGACUUUGUUCGGCAUUUUAGCAAAAGCACCUUUUUGCUUUCUCGCUAAAUAUUCAUAUUAAAAAAUGAUUGAUACAAUUAUCUGUCAAAUGGGAAAAUGGUAAAUGGGAUGAAGCUUGGCAUACAGACUGGAUGGAUUCUGGCUCCUCUGAGUAACUAAGUGUUUUAUCUUGUUUGUUUAAUUCAUAAAAAAAACUAUGGUGGUGAAAGUCUAUUUUCAUUUCCCCCAUUAAAACAGCAAAUUAAAGUUCUGGUGCAGAAGAAACAAACGAGCUGCACCGUGUGCAGUGGAGAGCUUCAGAGGUGCUUCAGGCAGACUGAGCACAGAGUAAUGCUAGCUGUUUUCCGUGUAAAACUGCGCGUUGUCAAUCUUUUUAAUCUCUUAGCGAAGAAAGCAAAUAGAUUUUCCUAAAUAUGUCAAAGUUGCCCUUUGAAUGGGAUUGCUGUGCGUUUUGUUUAAUCAUCGGUUAUUUCACACUUUGCCGACCUGCCCAACAAAGAUCUUUAUGGUGUUAAAAGGUUUCUGCACAUUGUAGAAAUAACUCAAUGUAUUAAGUCAUGCUUUGAGAGAUCCCACUUGCUGUUCUAACGUUGUAAUAACUAGUUCAGAAAUGAAAACAGACCCACAGGUGGAUAGAGCUUAUUUUACAGAAGGUUCUAGGUUAUACAGAGAAUAUAUUUUUACGUUUUAGCCUUUAUUGCAGUUAAAAGAAGUCUUGAUUUUUUUCAUCAUGCUGCAUUUUUCCUAUCAGUGUUUGUAUCGAUUUUAAGACCGGCAAAAAGAAGCAAUUUCUUUGUGUUGUGUUUGCAUUUAUGAGAAAUGCUCUGAAGUGAAUGCAACGGUUCUGAAGAAGAUGUAGGUAGUCUUUCCUGUACAUAGUUUACCUUUGUAUAUAUUUUUUGGUUGUGAUCACCUCUGCCUUUUCUUUUAGUUUUCUUGCAGGCGUUGCUAUCUGCACUGUGCUUGGAUUUAGACUGGAUGUACAGCUUUGAUCUUCAAUGAUAAAAUAAGAAUGGUAAACUAA